AUGGCGAAUCAAGAUCAAAACCCUUCAUCUUCUGCUUCUCAAUCUACUGCUCAUCAUGAGCUUUCUCCAAUGGAGGAUCCGAGAAGCCCUUUCUUCUUGCACCAUGGAGAAUCACUAGGUGCGAUUCUAGUCACUCAACUCUUAAUUGAGGACAAUUACCCUAAUUGGGCUAGGGCUAUGCUUAUGGCAUUAGAUGCGAAAAGCAAAAUAGGUUUUGUGGAUGGAUCUAUCACAACUUCCAUGGCUGUUACGCCUCUGGAGAAGAUUGCUUGGUCAAAGAACAAUUCCAUGAUUUCUUCAUGGAUCUUGAAUUCUGUUUCACCUCAUAUUACUGCAAGUGUGAUUUACAGAAACACUGCAAUGGAGGUUUGGAAUUCACUCAAAACUGUUUCUCUCAAGCCAAUGGUCCACGGAUUUCAUAGCUUCAGAAAUGAUCUCAACAAUUAUGCAAGGAGAUGCAUCAAUGACUACCUACUUCACUAA